CUUUUUCCUCUCCCCGUCUCUUUCCCUCUCCGGUGGUCAUCCCGUCUCGUUCAAGAGUUGUGUCGGGACUGUGGGAGUGCGUCUGGCUUCAACUUGGGGUGAAGAAAGACACAGGAAACUCCUUGGGAUUCUCCGUACAACGAGCACUGAUCCGGAUAUUCUGUUUGACGUGUUGGAGUGCCUCCUAAGGAGAAUUCUGGGGAGAUUUCUUACUCUUUCGUUCCUCAAGGAUGAAGCAGAACAGUGGACCUGUGUAUUGAAACAGCUCUCACUUUCCAAACUUCAUGCUACAGUAUGAACCAUGAGCAAAGGUUGUGAGGGCCUGUUUCUAUCGUCCUGUCGUACAGUGAGGCAGUGAGCUCACGGUGGCUACAGCAUGCAUGUGUCGAAAUAUCCCAUGAUGCACUCUGCCAAUCCAGGCCUGCUACUCCUCAGCUUCCUCUUCCUCGCUGAUGCCGACUCACCCCCCAGAUUCACACGAACCCCAGAAGACCAAACAGGAGUGCAGGGGGGAGUGGCCUCCUUUGUGUGCCAGGCCGCUGGUGAUCCACAACCCAAGAUUGUGUGGAACAAAAAAGGCAAAAAAGUCAGCAACCAGAGAUUUGAGGUUAUAGAGUUUGACGAUGGGUCCGGCUCGGUCCUGAGGAUCCAGCCACUGAGGACCCCAAGAGACGAGGCUAUUUACGAAUGUCAUGCCUCUAACUCUGCGGGAGAGAUCACUGCCUCCACCAGACUAAGUGUGCUACGAGAGGACCAGCUGCCCUCGGGGUUCCCCACCAUAGACAUGGGUCCCCAGCUGAAGGUGGUGGAGCGUUCUCGGACUGCCACCAUGCUUUGUGCUGCUAGCGGUAACCCUGACCCAGAAAUCACUUGGUUCAAGGAUUUCCUGCCAGUCAACACAUCCAAUAACAACGGACGGAUCAAGCAGCUCCGCUCAGAGUCCUUUGGUGCCCUCCAGAUAGAGAUGAGUGAGGAGUCAGACCAGGGGAAGUAUGAGUGUGUUGCCACCAACAGUGAUGGGACACGCUAUUCCACCCCAGCAAACCUUUACGUCCGAGAGCUGCGAGAAGUGCGUCGUGUACCCCCUCGUUUCUCCAUCCCCCCUGCAGACAGCGAGAUCAUGCCAGGGGGCAACGUCAACAUCACCUGUGUGGCAGUGGGCUCCCCUAUGCCAUAUGUGAAGUGGAUGCUGGGAGCAGAGGACCUUACGCCGGAGGACGACAUGCCCAUCGGCCGAAACGUCCUGGAACUGACUGAUGUGCGCCAGUCCAACAAUUAUACAUGUGUCGCCAUGUCAACACUGGGCGUGAUUGAGGCUGUGGCACAGAUAAUUGUGAAAGCUCUGCCAAAACCUCCUGGUAUCCCUGUGGUGACGGAGAGAACAGCAACAAGUAUUACACUCACCUGGGAUUCUGGCAACCCUGAGCCUGUCUCCUACUACAUCAUACAGCAUCGCGCCAAAGGGUCUGAGGAUCCCUACAAAGAGAUUGACGGCAUCGCCACAACGCGCUACAGCGUGGGAGGCCUCAGCCCAUACUCCCACUAUGACUUUCGGGUGGCGGCUGUAAACACCAUCGGCCAGGGCCCCUCUAGUGACGUGGUGGAGGCUCGCACAGCUGAACAGGCCCCCUCUUCGCCUCCUCGACAGGUUAGAGGUCGUAUGCUGAGCACUACAACAGCCAUCAUCCACUGGGACGAGCCAGAGGAGCCAAACGGACAGGUGGUGGGCUACAGAGUCUACUACACCUCAGACAAUACGCUGCCAGUCAACCAGUGGGAGAAGCAGAUGGUGCGCAGUGCCAACUUCAUCACCAUCCAGAGUUUGACUCCAAACAAGACUUAUUACAUCCGAGUGCUGGCCUUUACCUCAGUGGGAGACGGCCCCCUUUCCCAGGACCUGCAGAUCAUAGCCAAGACUGGAGUUCCAUCCCAACCUUCAGAUUUUAAGGGUGAGGCCAAAUCUGAGACCAGCAUCCUGUUGUCUUGGGUGGCCCCACCUCAGGGCGGUCCUGAUAACCAGAUCACAGGAUAUGAGCUGGUCUACAGACGAACUGAUGACACAGAGGAGAAGAAAGUGAGCUUUGAGCCUACUACCUCCUACUUGUUGAAGAACCUGAAGCCUUUCUCCACCUACACUUUCCAGCUGGCUGCAAAGAGCAAGCAUGGGAUUGGGGCAUAUACCAAUGAAGUGUCCAUCGAUACACCACAGACGCUUCCUUCAGCACCUCCCCAGGACAUCACAUGCACCAGCCCCAGUUCUACCAGCAUCCUGGUAAGUUGGGCUCCACCUCCACUGGAGUUUCAGAACGGCGUCAUUACGGGAUACUCCAUCCAGUACUCCACCACCGAGGGAAACAAAGUGUCUAAAAGAAUUGAUGGAAUUUCUCCGGAAAGUACCCCGUAUCUCCUGGAAAACCUUGAGAAAUGGACUGAGUAUGGCAUAACAGUUCGGGCGCAGACGGAAGCUGGGGAUGGACCAGAAAGUUUACAGCUGCUUACCCGCACAGAGGAAGAUGUUCCAAGUGGUCCUCCUCGAGGAGUGGAGGCAGAGACUGUGAACGCCUCGGCCAUUAGGGUGAAAUGGCGAGCACCGGCCCCUGAAAAGCAACAUGGUCAGAUUCGAGGAUACCAAGUCCACUUUGUGAGGAUGAACUACGGAGAACCUCAGGGGCAGCCCUUCAUCAAGGACAUCCUCAUUGAAGACACUCAGUGGGAAAACGAUGACUCCACUGAAUAUGAGGUGGUUCUUGGAGAUCUGAAGGCAGACACUUCCUACUCUGUAUCAGUGGGGGCUUACACCGCUAAGGGUGAUGGGGCUCGCAGCAAACCUGUUACUGCCUGCACCGCCAUGCCACUGCCUGAGAAGCCCAAACUGAUGGUGAGUGCCACUGAUUCAAGCACGGCUCUGCUUCAGUGGUAUCCACCACAAAACCCACCCACCCCUCUCCUGGGGUACCGCCUCACCUUCGGCCGUGUCGACGUCCUUCCCUUUACGGUGGUUGAGUUUCCCACCAAGGAGAAUCGCUACACUGCCCAGGACAUUCACAAGGGAGCUAACUAUGUGUUCAGACUCUCCGCCCGGAACAAAAUGGGCUACGGAGAGGAGGCUGUAAAGGAAGUGACUACUCCAGAAGACGCCCCAAGUGGAUACCCAGAAAAUAUAAUCCCCCAAGAGGCCUCUGCCACGUCUCUGCGUCUGGAAUGGAAAUCAGUCCCGUUAAUUGAGCAAAAUGGGAAAAUUACUCAGUACUCAGUGCUGUUCAAGGAUAUAAACAGCCGAGGGAACGCCUCAGAAGUUGUUGUUCCUGCUCCUGGAUCGAGUGUUAUGUUGGAGGGUCUGAGUCCGGAUACUGUAUAUGAUGUCAGGGUGUGUGCGUUCACAGCUGUCGGCCCUGGGCCAUACAGCCCUAGUGUCCAGUUUAGGACACAGCGGCUGGACCAAGUUUUUGCGACAAACUUCAGAGUGAAGGCUGCCAUGAAGAACUCUGUUCUGCUGUCCUGGGAGAUCCGAGACAAAAACCCUGCCCAGCCGUUCACCAUCCUGUAUGGAAAAGGCCAGUCUGUUGAAGUGGAUGGGAAACUGACUCAGAAGCUGAUCACUGGUUUGGAGCCGGACACCCAGUACUCCUUUCUACUCACCAACCGGGCCAACAGCGCAGGGGGUCUGCAGCACCGCGUCACCGCCACCACUGCCCCCGACAUCUUAAAAACCAAACCCAUAGUGGUGGGAAAGACCAACGCAGACGGCAUGGUGACAGUGCAGCUUCCAACAGUGCAGACCACAGCCAAAGUCAGGGGUUACUAUGUGGUCGUUGUACCUCUGAAGAAGCAGAGAGGCGGGAAGUUCCUGAACCCCUGGGAGGAUCCUGACCAAAUGAACAUGGAUGAGCUUCUGAAAGAGAUCAACAGGACCAGCAUUAGUCGUGCCCUCCGCAUCCGCAGACAGGCAGGCCAAUCAGAUCCAAGGGCCUACGUCAGCGCUCACUUUAAGUUCCUUCCCAUGGAGUUCACGCUCGGCGACGGACGAAACUACGGCGACUUCCGCAAUCGUCCCAUGCAGAACGGACAGGAGUAUGUUUUCUUUGUGCUUGCGCUACUCGACCUUUCUGAGAAUACUAUGUUUGCCACCAGCCCUUACUCCGAUCCAGUGACCUCAUCGGAUGUGGAUCCUCAGCCAAUUGUUGAUGAGGAGGAGGGUCUGUUGUGGGUAGUGGGGCCUGUGCUGGCAGUCAUCUUCAUCGUCUGCAUUGUCAUUGCCAUUCUCCUCUUUAAGAGCAAACCUGACAGGAAAAGGGCUGAGGCCGAGGGUAGGAAGGGCAGCUUCCCCUGCAGCAAAGCCAUGUCAUCCCACCAUCCCACCGAUCCCGUGGAGCUACGCAGAAUAAAUUUCCAAACUCCAGGCAUGGCAAGUCACCCGCCCGUCCCCAUCUCUGAGAUGGCAGAUCACAUCGAGCGCCUCAAGGCAAACGACAAUCUCAAGUUUUCUCAAGAGUACGAGUCCGUCGACCCUGGGCAGCAGUUCACGUGGGAGAACUCCAACUUGGAGGUCAACAAGCCAAAGAACCGCUACGCUAACGUCAUCGCCUAUGAUCACUCCAGGGUUAUACUCUCCAGCAUUGAGGGUGUCCCGGGCAGUGACUACAUCAACUCUAACUAUAUUGAUGGCUACCGGCGUCAGAAUGCCUACAUCGCCACUCAGGGAUCCCUCCCUGAGACCUUCGGGGAAUUCUGGAGGAUGGUUUGGGAGCAGCACACCGCAAACAUUAUCAUGAUGACAAAACUGGAGGAGAAGUCAAGGGUGAAGUGUGAUCAGUACUGGCCAACACGGGGCACAGAGACCUACGGCCUCAUCCAGGUCACUCUGCUGGACACAGUGGAGCUGGCCACCUACUCUGUCAGGACCUUCGCUCUGUACAAGAGUGGCUCCAACGAGAAGCGUGAGGUUCGUCACUUCCAGUUCACGGCCUGGCCGGACCACGGGGUGCCUGAACACCCAACUCCUUUCCUGGCCUUCCUACGCAGAGUCAAAGCCUGCAACCCUCCAGAUGCAGGACCAAUGGUUGUCCAUUGCAGUGCUGGAGUGGGUCGCACCGGCUGCUUCAUUGUCAUCGACGCCAUGGCGGAGCGAAUCAAGCAUGAAAAGACCAUCGACAUCUACGGCCACGUUACUCUGAUGCGCUCCCAGAGGAACUACAUGGUCCAGACGGAGGACCAGUACAUCUUCAUCCACGAUGCACUGCUGGAGGCUGUGACCUGCGGGAACACUGAGGUCCCUGCAAGGAACCUGUACUCCUACAUCCAGAGGCUGACGCAGAUCGAACCAGGAGAGAAUGUCACUGGCAUGGAGCUGGAGUUCAAGCGUCUGGCCAGUGCCAAGGCCCACACGUCACGGUUUGUGAGUGCCAACCUGCCUUGCAACAAGUUCAAGAACCGGCUGGUGAAUAUCAUGCCCUACGAGACAACACGAGUGUGUCUGCAGCCAAUCAGAGGAGUGGAGGGAUCAGACUACAUUAAUGCCAGCUUCAUUGACGGAUACAGGCAGCAGAAGGCCUACAUAGCAACUCAAGGCCCACUGGCUGAGACCACAGAGGACUACUGGAGGAUGCUGUGGGAACACAACUCAACCAUAGUUGUUAUGCUAACCAAGCUUAGAGAAAUGGGACGGGAAAAGUGUCACCAGUACUGGCCUGCAGAGCGCUCAGCCAGGUACCAGUACUUUGUGGUGGAUCCCAUGGCUGAGUACAACAUGCCCCAGUACAUCCUCCGAGAGUUUAAAGUCACUGAUGCUAGGGAUGGCCAAUCGCGAACGGUUCGUCAGUUCCAGUUCACUGAUUGGCCAGAGCAAGGAGUGCCAAAGUCAGGGGAAGGCUUCAUUGAUUUCAUUGGCCAGGUGCACAAAACUAAAGAACAGUUUGGCCAGGAUGGGCCAAUCACAGUGCACUGCAGUGCUGGAGUAGGGAGGACUGGUGUGUUCAUCACCCUCAGCAUCGUGCUGGAGAGGAUGAGGUACGAAGGAGUAGUGGACAUCUUCCAGACUGUCAAGAUGCUGCGCACCCAGAGACCUGCCACCGUUCAGACGGAGGACCAGUACCAGUUCUGCUACCGGGCCAGUCUGGAGUACCUGGGAAGCUUUGAUCACUAUGCAACAUAAACCCAGUGGCCGUCUCUCAAGCCACAUCCCACCUACUGCACUUCUCUUAGGUCACACACUGUGGUCUGAAUGAAUGCACUAGGCUGGGAUGUGUCUUUGAAGAGUUCAGGCCACCACAUGCACAGUGAAGGGGGACCAUCGGCUUACUCCGUACCAAGAAACAGCACCUCUAACUGAGCCAUAAAAACCUGCUUGACAAGGGUGUUUCUUCCACCCUCAGCCCAAACACACCCAUUGGUCAGUCUGAAGAAGCAACUUCAACCACUGUUCCAAUCAGAAUACUUGAUCAAAUCUUGAUUUUUUUAUUCGUUUCAGUGCUUUUGUGAGCACCCAGAUUGCUUUACAUUGUUUGGGUGUGGAACUCUCACUUCGUCCACCACCAGUGUAGCAUCACCAACCUGAACACAGGACCUGGCUACAGUAUAUAGCUGUCACUUUUUUCUAUCGCGAGGACUGUCUAGACGGAGUCUACAGAUUUAUCUUAUGGAAGCCACGUGGACCGACCGAGAGAACUGGGACUUUAAAAAGCACCAGAGUAUUGCCAACAGGAGACUGAGAACACAGAGCACAGUAUUAAAAAGACAAAGAACUCACAUCCCAAAAAAGAGACACCCAGAAGUGUUUUUUUCUGUUUUGUUUUGGAAACAGACUCUCGUUUCCUGUGAAUGAAUAAGAAGAUAUUUCUACCAUACAGUAAUAAAAACCACCAGUUCAACCUUAUGCUUCACAAGUUAAGAUAAGGGAAAUAUGGAAGAGGUUUAAAAUGCAUACCACAAAGUAAAACAUUAAUUUAGUUUUUUAGAAAAAAUAUAGAUAUGUGACUAUCUUGUUUUUUAAAAACUGGGUAUUCCUCGUGGCACGUUCUGUUUUCUUGUUUUUACAGAUUUCUGACUUUGUCCCCACUGACCAUACAAAGGCAAAGUUGUGUUUUUCUUUUUUUCUGUGUAAUCCAAUGAGCUGUAGCGUUUUGUUUUUUUUUAAAGUGAUACGAUACUGUUUUAAAGUGUACAAUCAAAAUCUAGUGUGGAAAAUGUUCACGAUUCUAUGAAAAACACCAUCAUUGAGUGUCACUCUUCUUUACUCUCUACCCACAAACACGUUUCGCAUGCACACAAGACUUUCAACCUCAUUUCUAUCUGGCCUGUGGUGUCAGAGGGGGCGGCCAUAUUUGAAAUCCCAGGGCCCACAGAGGUACGGCAGUAACUCUGCUGCUACCAGAAAGCCUGGCGAAUGAUCUUGCCAAGUUGGUACGUGUGCAGGUUGAAAGAAAGCCAGAUUAAACACAACUACAGAGAGUAUGCACAGAAAGCAAAAUAUGAAAAUAACUAUUUAUGUGUCCAAAUAAGCUUCACAAAGAUUUCUCCAAGCAGGGAGCGAGAGAGGGGCUGUAGAAAACAGGGUGGGAUGGGGGGGUCAUGGGAAAGGAACAAUUUUCUCACUGGAAUGCUCACCUAUUACUUUUCGUUCUGUCUGAUUCAGUGUGCAAUAAGUAGAUGUAUUAUAUAUUUUUGUGUCCAGUCACUAACUGCAGUUAUAUGCCAUAAUGAGGAUGAUGAUGAUGAUAUUGAUGAUGGUGCAUCAUUUUUUCAGACACACGGAUGUUACGCUUGGUAUGGUUCUCACCACCCAUGUAAUGUGUCCAAACAGAGGGAACGACCUCUGACUUUUAGGAAGUAGACCUUUUUAUCAUGUCACAACUCCAGUAGAUGAUGUCAUCCUCCAGUGCGUCACGGCAACCAACGAAUGAUCAAACUCAUACUUCAAACAGCAUCUAAUAAGUAUUUUUGAUUUUAGAUUUCUAGUGCCUUAUAUUACACGCCUAUUUUGAUAAAGUUACUUUAAAGGGUUUUCUGUGUACUUUAUGUGUGUAUGCUCGUGUGUAAGAGAACUGAAUGUCCGUAUAUAUGAUUUUGUUAUGUUACUGUAAGUUAAAGUAUCUUGUGUGUUAUGUUCUUGGCUGUGAAUUUUUUGUAUGGAAGGCUCUGCGCAGGCUGGAUAGUUGUAUUCAUCACUUUUCAACCCAGCAACAACAUUAUCAUAUCUCUCUUGAUCAUAUAAAUCGUAUCUUAUAUGAGACUUAACUACAGAUGGAAAAAGAUGCUCAUUAGCAGAUGAAAGGUUUGUACGUGGACAGCCUUCUGUCUUUUCUUCCUGGGACACUUGCACAAGCUUUGUGUAUAAAGUCUGUCAUUCAGACCUCAGUCUGCCUGCCAUGAGAUUUUGGCCAUACUCGCGACUUUGGCACAGAGUGCGAGCUGGCUCAGACAAGUCAUACUUACUCAGCUAUGUAGAAGUCUAUAUACAGCUGAACAGCGGUGGCUGUCUUUGUCAGCUUGGAGAGAGACUAAAGUGAAAGAAACUUCAAAACAGGGCUAAGCUCAUGUAUCCCACCUCAAGCCCUUCAUUUGAAAUCAAAGUGAUCACCUGUGUUUCUCAUUCUGAUGUCUACAGUUAUAUGUAUUUGUUUCCUUUAACGACAAAGGCUGAGAGUUCAGGUGCUACGUCUCCAACAACACAGAACCUACAAUUUGUUUUGUUUUGUUUUUGUAUCUCCAUUUAAGCUUGACCAUAUAAGGGAUCAUUGACAGUUUUCCACUAUCUUACAGUAACCCUGUUGUCGUUUUUGUAUGCAUGGUACCACUUUUGAGAUGCCCCUUUGGUCACACCCAUUAUGGGAAGACUUGCACUUUCUCUCUUUGUACUAUGCACUAAUACUACUAUCCUAUUAUCGCUAAUAGCCCCCACCCCCCCCCCAAAAAGGAGUUAACUUGAACUCAGCAAAGAUGGACCCUGUAAUGCUCACAUGGUUGUGUAUAUGUAAAUAACACAAAACACAGAGAGUAAUUGAAAUGCAUAAACAAAUGAUUAAAUAGAUAAAUGAUUUUAAGGUCAUGAGUGAGUAAAAGUCUAUGAGAUAAACAGAGUGAUAUAAUAAAAGGAUGCACCUGAAAUCACAGUUUAUGGCACAACCGUAUGUGCAAUACAUCACAUUGUGGAAUUGUUGUACCACAAGAGAAGUUUCACAAAAAGGUGUUCUAUUUUACCCCCAAUGUAUCAUGUAGAUGGAUAAAACUGGAGUUGAUAAAUUGUAUAAAAACAAAAAUAUGAUGUGUUACUUGGAUCAGUUACCUCCAAUUGGUCUGUAAAUGUAAAAUUUUUUUUGUUUUGUUUCGUUUGCUGCUCCGAGUCAACAAGUGCUUUUUAUUUUCUUACAUUGGUUCUCGGAGCGUGUGAAAACCGAAAAACAGGUCUGUAUGGAUUUCUGUUCUCUGUCGACACAAGUUUCAUUUGUUACAAAUAAACUCAAGUAAAAUAA